GAACAAAAAAAAGAAUAUCUUGAGCACAAGACGAAUUUUUGUUCCAUUUUUUUCACUUUUGCCCAGUUCAAAUUCGAGUCAGCAGACGACCAAGCUAUCAAUAAGUACAAAAAUUAUACCAAAAUCUAAGACAAAACUGCAUGUGUAUCGACUUUUUGGUUAUAUCUCUCUUGCACUCUCACACAAUAACUGAAAAAUAUUCAUCCAACACUAUCACCCAAAUUUUAUUACGGUUAAGAAUACCGAAGAAAGAUGUGAUUAUUCAAAACUCAAAAGUUAAAAAAAUUCAAAAUUGUUUUCUGCUCCUCAUGCCUGUUCGGUGUUCAUUAAGGUUUCAGAAUUUACCACAUGUGACGCUGGAAGACUAAAAGCAAACUAAAAGUACAAGCAAGACACCAACAUCGAGUCUUGAAGUUAGGUUAACUAAAAUUUGUAUUUUGAAUAAAAUUAGCGUAUUCUUCGUAUUUACCGAGUGAUACACAGACCAACGUUGCAAAAAUGAGGAUCACACAGGUAUUAUGGCGACAGCACAUAGGACGAAUGACCAAAAGACAUUGGUAUGGAGCAAGUAAAAAAUUUGUUGCGCCUACUAACACCGAGAACCAAUUAAUCACACACGGAAUACAAGUUGUUGAUGCAAAAGAUGUGAUUGCACCACCAAAGAUAAACAGACCUCGCAUUGAAAUUGAACAGCUUUUUUCAUCUCCACCACCAAGAGACCAGAAUCAUCCGAAUUGGAACGAAAAACCUCGUUUAGAACAUCUGGAAAAUAAUGUUAUUUUGGAUGGUGUGAAACAGGCUCAAAUUUUGACAAAAACUCAAGUACAUUCAGCACUUCCAGAAAAAUUGGAAAACUUUCAUGAGGAAAUUAGUCCAGAAGUUCAGCGAUUAGUCACACGUUAUAUUUAUGCAUCCCAUAUUUUCGAUGCGCACCAAUCGAUGUUACCUAAAAAAAAGGAUCCUCUUCGUCCUGCAUUCGUUUUUCCACGAAUUUAUGGGAUCCCAGACGUUCGGAAAGCACACAACUUUACACAAAAACUUCUCAAUCUGUGCGCUUUGAUUUCCGACCCUAUAGUCGUCAAACAACGUAAAAUCACCGAGAAUGCACAAAUUCGAACGUAUAUUGAACGAGGAAACGACCUUUUAUAUUUCGAGACAAAAUUAGACACCUUUGUGAUAUCGAACAAACUUUUGACCCCUAUGAGUCUGAAAAAUGAUCAUUUUGACGAACCCUUGCCGAGUAUUGCUCCUCUUGAUCCCGUGAUAAGUUUUAGACCUGAGAACAUUUACACCAUCGAGGAUCAUUAUCCGGUAUCAAGCGAAUCCACGUGGUGUAAUCCUCAUACGAUAAUGAUAACUUACGAUUCGGAAUUGGUCAAAAAUAUAACAGAACUGCCAGUAACGAACGAUCAAAUACAGGCUCGUUCGUUGUUAAAAAGUUUCGCAACUGCGGCUUGUUGCGCAAAACAAAAAUUCGGUGACGAUGUGAUCGAUCUGCCGGAGCCGGUAACCAUUCAGUGCAUUCAGUCCAAUGGGAAAUGGUUCGAAUUUUCAGUUUUCCAAUUGAAUACUCUCGACAUUGAUAAUGAUCGAGGCACUCGAAACAUUUGGUGGUCCUCGCCUCGAUUGGAACUCUACGAGAUAGCCGGAUACGUCAGUGGACGACCUACUCUCGAGAAAUAUAACCCAGAAGUUUUUCAAAAGUUUCUCGCAUUCUAUAAAAACGUCUGAAUGGCUUGUCCAUAAUAAUGUUUUGUAUAUAAACCGAAAAAAAUGAACGAAAAUGACUGAA